CAGCACCCCGCGCCCGCACCCCUGCGGUCCCCCCCCGCCCCCGCCCAGCAUCACGGACCCACCCGGAUCUCGGCGGGGACAUGGAGGUCCUGGUGACAGAGACCAGCUCACAGCAGGAGCGGCUCCAGGCCAUUGCGGAGAAGAGGAGGAGGCAGGCAGAGAUUGAGGACAAGCGCCGGCAGCUGGAGGAUGGCCGGCGGCAGCUCCAGCACUUGAAGUCCAAGGCACUUCGGGAACGCUGGCUGCUGGAGGGGACACCAUCCUCGGCCUCGGAGGGGGAUGAGGACAUGCGGAGACAGAUGGAGGAGGACGAGCAGAAGGCGAGGCUUCUGGAGGAAUCCGUCUCCAGGCUGGAGAAGGAGGUCGAGGAGCUGGAGAACGGAGAUGCAGUCCCAGUCACCAAGGAGAACGCGGCGGCCCCCAGCCCAGCCCGGGCCCCGGCCCUGAGCCCAGCCAAGGAGGAGCACAAGGUGCUGAACUCACAGCAGACCCCGGUGGGCACCCCCAAAGAGAAGCACUCUAUCUCCAAUACCCCGGUGAGGAUGGUAGAGGGCUCCACCAUGAUGAAGGCAGCCAUGUACUCGGUCGAGAUCACGGUGGAGAAGGACAAGGUGACGGGGGAGACGAGGGUGCUGUCCAGCACCACCUUGCUCCCCCAGGAGCCGUUCCCUCAGGGCAUCAAGGUCUACGAGGACGAGACCAAAGUGGUCCAUGCUGUGGAUGGCACUAUGGAGAACGGGAUCCACCCACUGAGCUCCUCUGAGGUGGAUGAACUCAUCCACAAGGCAGAUGAGGUCACACUGAGCGAGGCAGGGUCCACAGCUGGGGCAUCAGAGACCCGGGGGACCAUGGAGGAGGCCGUCCGGACCACGCCCUCCCGUCGGGAGAUCACCGGGGUGCAGGCUCAGCCGGGUGAGGCCACAUCGGGUCCACCAGGGGUCCAACCUGGCCAGGAGCCCCCAGUCACCAUGAUCUUCAUGGGCUACCAGAACGUGGAGGAUGAGGCCGAGACCAAGAAGGUGUUGGGGCUUCAGGACACCAUCACAGCAGAGCUGGUGGUCAUCGAGGACGUGGCUGAGCCCAAGGAGCCCGCACCACCCAACGGCAGUGCCGCUGAGCCCCCUGCCACCACAGGCUCCAGGGAGGAGAACCAAGCAGGGCCCGAGCUCCCCGCUAGCGACUCCCAGGACCUCGACAUGAAGAAGCAGCGCUGUAAAUGCUGCUCGGUCAUGUGAGCUGGCCCAGCCCCCAGCCCCUGGCCCCGCCCUCCGAGCCACCGACACCCACGAGCCCGGCCCCUCCUGGUGCCUGCCCACCCUUCACCUGCCACCUCUUGGGCCCCAGGACGCACGGUGUUGUCACUUCCUUCUGAUUUUUCUUUCACUGGAAAGAGAGGGACGGGGUCCCCCACCCCAUCACCACCCCCCAACACCCAUCCUGAACCACUGAGCCGGGCACCUGCACCUGGUAGGAGACAGAUAUGGACAGACCUGCUUUUCAUGAAACGAGGACCCCUACCCACAUCGUGGCAGGUUCACAGAUGCAGUUCAUACCCACGAUGGUCCCGGUGGCAUGAUCCCGGCCUCGACGUGGCCUCAGCCAGCUUGCCACCCUCUGGGCUUCCUUCCCGUGCCUUCCUGCCACUUCCGCCGAGGUAUCCUAGAGUAAGGUCUGCCAGAAACGGGGCCCCGUGGGGUUUCUGGCGAAGGCGCUUGUGUCUCCAUCAGGGGCUGUGGGUUGAGGCUGUGCCUCUUUGGGGAGUCUUGGUUGGACACCAGGCUCAAGGUCUUGGAACAGAAAAUGGGCCCCUCUGGGCACCCCAGCCUGAUGUGCCCCCACCCCCCAUGCCCUCCUUGGGCCUGGCUAGUGGAUGAUGGAGCCUGGAGAGGGGGAAGGGAGCCCUGGAGACACACACCCCCCAACCCCAUCCGGGCCUGUAGCCCCAGGCUUCCUUCUGCAUGGGGCAGGCCAGGGGUCUUUGAGCUGCCCCCUGCCCAAGGCAGGGAUCACGUGAGCCACUUUUGGUCCCCAGCUCCCACCCCCACUGGGCCCUCCUUCCUCCUGGUGCUAAUUUGGGGACCCUAGGGGGCCACUCCCUGGCCUCUUGUCCAGUCUGCUUGGGCCGGAAUCCUGGGUCCCCCUGCCCGACCACACCCCAAAGACCAGGCCCUACCUGCCAGACCUGCUCAGCUUGGAGCAUUUGCGGGUAGUGGAGUGGGGUGUAGCCUGUCGGGGAGGCUGCUGGAGCAGGAGACCCCCAUUUGCCACCCAGCCUGGGGUGAGCCUGCUCCUUGCCCCCCCUCACUGGAAGGGGUGAGGGGCUCCCCUGCUGGGGGCAGCCAACACUCAAUGUGCACUUGUGUCUCCCUGGGUGCAGCCACACUUGUUCCCAGAGGUGUAUUCGUGCACAUUCUCACAGACACCCUCCUCUCACGUGUUGGCUUUGAACCACCAGGCCCCAUCUUAUACCCUUCCCUAGGGGUCUCCAGCCUGGUGCCCAGUGCCCAGGCCACCUCUUGGUCCAGUUGCCACCCCCAGUCUCAGCAGGGCAGAGGCAGGAACCACCUCUGACCUAAGCCUGGUUCUAGCCUCAGCUUGGCCACUCUCAGUGGCUGGGAGGAGAGGCCUUCCCUUAGGGGUGCCCCUGGGCAGUGGCUGUGGACCCCUCCUGUCCCUCCCUCUAGCCUGCCCCGAGUCCCUCGAGCUGUGAGCCUCUGCUGAAAAGUGCCCUUGCUGCCCCCUUUCUGCUUUUGAUGUGUGACAAGGCCCCCGAUGUUCUUGAUUUUCCCAGAGAAGCAAAUAAACAGUGUGAACAGCUGA